AUGUCGUCAUCAAAGCUCGGUUGUUUAGUUUUAGAUAGCGCAUAUGCUAACGAUACUACUAUUACCUAUCUCGCUAAGCAGUAUGGCUUUACUGCAGCUUAUCACCGCCUAUACUGUGGCCUCGAUAUACAUGAUCUCAUCGGCCAGAAGGUUACAUUUGACAAAAACCUGGAUUCGUACGGCAAGCAUGAGACGAAGGAAAUAUCAUCAGCAGAAUGGCACAAGGGCGGCACGCUAGGCGUACUAAUAGACAUCACUAACUACAUCGAUACACCCUAA